AUGGACAAAAUCCUUGGCUUUUUCAAACAUCAAGAUAAAAAACCUGAAGACCAUCAUGCAUAUAUUAAAGAUCAUGUCUUUAAAAUUCAUGAAACGAAUGACAACAAAGAAAAACUUAAAAUCCUUAAAAAAAUUAGACGUUAUUUAGAAUUGUUCAAAGAUGAAUGGACAACCCCAAGGCCUGUAAAAAAACGUAUGCACAUUACAUUACCUAGUCAAACCAAGAUUGAAUACCCUACAGAUGAAGCUGAGAUUCAGAGAACCAUAAAAGAAGCGUAUGAAGACGGUAAUACUAUUGUAAGAGUCAUUGGAUCUGGACAUUCUGUUCCCGAAGCAAUUCUUGAUGUUUCAGAUAUCUCUGGGAAAAAGAAGAUAAGAUUUUUAUGUUUAGAAAAAUAUCACGGUGUAGAAAUUGAUUAUAAAAAUCACACAGCCACUGUUAAAGCUGGCACACAUCUUAAUCGGGAUCCAGAAGACAUAGAAAAUUCUACACUACAGAACAGUUUUAAUUAUAUCAUAGAUCAGGCAGGAUAUGCCCUUCCUGAUCUUGGUGGUAUCGCUCAUCAAACCGUUGGUGGUUUUAUUUCUACAGGAUCAGCUGGUGGCUCUUUAAUCCAUAAUGUUCAUGAUUCAAUCAUUAAAAUUCGUAUUAUCGAUGGUAAAGGAGAUAUUUAUGACCUUUCAAUUGAUGAUGAAGAUAACUCUAAGUUCCUCGCUGCAGGUGUUUCUCUUGGUCUCCUUGGAAUUAUUACAAAGGUUACCUUCAAGCUUAUGAAAAAUUAUUAUAUUACUGGCAACCAAAUCAUUGCACCGAUUACUCCGUUAUCAAACGACUUCAAAGUUGGCUGUCCAAUUGAUUUACUUGGUGAUGGUGAUAGAGAACAAAAAAUUCCAAGUAUUUACGAAUUUUUUACAAAAAGCAAAGAAUAUGAUGCUGAUUAUGCCCGAAUUUUUUGGUGGCCUCAAGAAGGUGUCAACCGAUUGACAAUCUGGAGAGCUAAACCUAUUCCUAUUCCAAGUAUAGAUGAAAAAUCAUUAUCUAUUAAACCAUACAAUGAAUUUCCUGUUUUUGCCGGAUCAGAGAUUCCUGCUCAGUUAGUUGCUAGUUUGGUGAUGAUAGCUUUGAAUUUAUUCUCAUCGGAGAAUAGAUUUUAUAAAAGGAUUGCCGCUUACCUAAUAAAUUUAUUUAACCCAAUUGGAAUUCAAGAGUUUCAAGAUAAAUGGUACAGUGGACUACCUAUGGAUGAUAAGGUUUCCGACACGAUUUUUCCAGCAACUUUUAGUGAAUUAUUAUUCCCUAUUGAGAAAACCAAUGAUAUCGUACAUGCUUUAAAUAAAUUAUACAAAACUGGAGGUGAAAAAGUAAUAGGAAACUUUACAACUGAACUUUAUACUACUAAAAAAUCACAUUUCUGGCUGUCUCAGUCAUAUAAUACUGAUAGUAUACGAAUUGAUAUUCAAUACUUUCAAAAAAACCCUAUUGGUACUUCUCGUGAAUUUUUUAAACAAUAUUGGGAUGCAUUUUAUCCUUACAAUUUCAGAUGUCAUUGGGGUAAACAUAUUCCUGAAGGGUAUGGUAAAAGAAUUAGAAGUUUAUAUGAAAAGUAUGAUGAUUGGAUGAAAGUUAGAGAAGAAAUGGACCCUAAACAAGUAAAUUAUAUUUUGAUAAUAAAAUAA